AUGGAACGCACAGAUCCAAAGUCCAACACAAUGCAACACGAGGCGUCGCCGCAUCUCGAAUGGUCUGACGAAGCAGCCGUGACUAGUGACAUGCAAACCCACGAGCCUCUGCCUCGGAACAAUGCCACUGCGAGUCCACCGACCGGGAGCUUUCCGGGAAAGCUCAAUAUACCCUCGCGACCCAGGGCCAGCAGUGCUUUGAGGAACAAAUCCACGCCAUUCCCGUCUGGUCAUGCGACUUCUGCUCCUACAUGUUCAGCACUCGAGAGAUGGCAGACGACCACUGGCGCGGAUACGAGGGAGAGGGCUGAAUCGAUUCCGAGCAGAGCAUGGAUACCAUUCAUGGGACAACUGGCUCGAAACGCCGAUGAAUACGACUCGUCGUCCGAGCAUGACUUUCUCGAUCAUGGCGCGACCGACCAGCGUCAGACAAGGUCUGCGGACCAUGCCGGAAAAGUAGGCGUCAAAGAUGCAGCUGCCGAAGCAACCAGAAGCAGUGUAAUGAGAAGGGUUUUAGGGCGCAGUGAGCGCUCUAAAAGCACCGCGCGGACAAGGAAUGACGGUCGAUUGCGCAUUACCAUUCACGAGACUGCACACACUGGUUACGUGGCAAAUGCUCUUGGGGCUGUUGCCCACAGCAUGCGGCCCAAGAGGAAGACGGCUGGCGCAUCAUCAAACGCCAUAUGCUCGGCGGCUACUGCAACGCAACCGCGCCUCAACAUUGUAGUCAUGGUGGUCGGGUCUCGUGGCGAUGUUCAGCCAUUCCUCCGAAUUGGCAAGUACAUCAAGGACGAGUUUGGACACCGCGUCCGCAUCGCCACUCACCCGACCUUUCGGGAGCUUGUUGAAAAGGACUCUGGCCUGGAGUUCUUCUCUGUCGGUGGAGACCCUUCAGAGCUCAUGGCCUUCAUGGUAAAGAACCCAGGCAUGAUUCCUACUCUCGAGACCGUCAAGGCUGGUGAAAUCGGAAGACGGCGUGCCGCAAUGGCUGUAAUGUUUGAUGGCUUUUGGAGGGCCUGCAUCCACGCCACAGAAGAUGAAACGACGGAUCUCAAGUCCAAGACAAUGGAAGGAAGGAACGUCUUCAUUGCAGAUGCCAUCAUCGCCAACCCCCCUAGCUUUGCCCACAUCCACUGCGCCGAAGCUCUGGGUGUUCCUCUUCAUUUGGUUUUCACCUUCCCUUACACACCAACGCAGGCUUUUCCGCAUCCGCUGGCCAGCAUCAAGAAGUCCAAUGUCGACCAGGGCUACACUAAUUUCAUCUCAUAUCCACUUGUAGAGAUUAUGACUUGGCAAGGCCUUGGAGACCUAGUCAAUAAUUUCCGUGUCAAUACCCUUGCUCUAGAUCCUGUGUCUACCCUGUGGGCGCCGUGCGCGACGUACCGCAUGCGUGUACCAUAUACGUACCUGUGGUCACCGGCUUUGGUGCCAAAGCCAGAGGAUUGGGGCGGAGGAAAUCGAUGUAUCUGGGAUUUGGUCGACUUUCUCGAUGCAGGAGAACCUCCCAUAUAUAUCGGAUUUGGCUCGAUUGUAGUGGACGACGCAGAGCGAUUUACGGAUCUCAUUUUUGAUGCAAUAGAAACCGCUGGGGUGAGAGCCCUGGUGUCACGAGGAUGGGGCGGCCUCGGCCGAGAUGGCGUCAAGCUCCCCGACAACAUCUUGAUGCUUGACAACACACCCCACGAUUGGCUGUUCCCCAAGAUUAGGGGCUGUGUACACCACGGUGGCGCUGGCACAACCGCGAUUGGUCUGAAAUGCGGACUCCCUACCAUGAUUGUUCCUUUUUUCGGCGACCAGUAUUUCUGGGGUAGUAUGGUGGGCAAGUCUGGCGCCGGGCCUGAGCCCGUGCCUUUCAAGCAUUUGACGUCUCAGAAGCUAGCUGAGGGCAUCAAGUAUCUGCUUACUGAUGAAGCGAAAUUCGCCGCAGAGAAGAUUGCUGCGUCGAUUCGUGAAGAAGGAGACGGCGCCAGGAAUACAGUCGCCUCCUUCAACAAGCACUUGAGGCUCUACGGCCCUCCGACUCUCAGCUGCUCUAUAUUCCAGGCACAGGCUGCCAUCUGGAAGGUGAAGGGCACACACAUCAGACUUGGCGCAGUGGCAGCCCAAAUGCUCGUCGAGAGCGGUCAGCUUUGUUGGAAAAACGUACGACUCCUACGCCACACGGAAUGGAACGACUUUGAAGGUCCGGGUGAGCCCGUGACAGCCGUGGCCGAGUCGCUCAAGAAUUCUCUGCGAGACAUAUUUGGCGGCGUCGGAAGUGCUCCGAUUCGCCUUGGGAGGACGGCAAAGCAGCGGGUGCGGCACCACGUGAGGACAAUCAGGGAGAAAAGAACCAAGGCCGGUGACGAGGCCACGGGCGAGCAGGUCAAUGAAAAGGCCAUCGAAAUGCCGCCGGUAAAGACGCAGAACAACAGGGUUGACCAGGAAUCACCUCGCCACGUACCAGGACCGGACCAGUAUGCCACUGACAUAUGCAAGAGUCUUGGUCAGACGUUGCUAGCCAUUGCGAGGGCUCCGACUGGCCUUGUUGUUGCUCUUGCGCAAGGUUUUCACAAUGCGCCUAGACUCUACGGUGAUGACACGGGCGCGAAAAACGAGGGUGCAGUCGGCUUCCUAAAAGGAACGGCUAUGGGCAUGAGCGGGCUAGUCUUGAAGUCGAUAUCAGCCGUCGUCGGACCAGUUGGCUAUAGCAUGCAAGGCGUGUUGAAGCAGGUGCAGCGCCGACGGAGCCCGCAGAUAUUCAUAAGACGCGCUCGCAUUGCGCAGGGCCAACGCGACGUCCAGUCUAUGGAUGAGAAGGAGAGAAGGUCGGCACGGGACCAGGUGCUGGCGGGAUGGCAGACGAUGCAACAAUUGGCGCGGGAUAUUUCCGAUGACGAGGACAAGAGGGGCAUUGCCGGCCAGCUUGACAAGGUGUCACUUGACACGGGCUUGUUUUUCGUAAGCGUCGACAGGGCGCAAACUUGCUUGGAUGAAUUGAAGUCUGGCAAGAGCCUCGACGAGGUCAUGAUGGGGCUCAAGGACUGGAACUAUAAACCACAGGAUCCAAUGACGCUGAAGAAGGGGACCAGGGGUAGUAAAAGAUAG